UUCGACGUUAAAAAGUCUUGUCUGAGAGGUAACCUUGGUCGAAGACGGAAGGAUUACGUCGUAUCUAGCUCCCUUUAUUGAAUCUCCGUUGGAUUUUUACCCCCAAUUUGUUCGCAUCAUCUAGCGUGAUAUCUGUUUGGUUUAUGGUUGACUGAAUUGGAAAAGGAAUUUCAAAAAGGCAUAAAAUCUCAAAAUGUCRCUGGAAGGCUCAUCAAGAGCUCUCAAAUACCUGGUCGUUUUCUUCAACUUUCUUUUCUUCGCAAUAGGCAUUAUACUUAUAGGAGUCGGUUCAUGGGCAGAGGUCAGAUAUGGUGACUUUGUCGAUAUAACCAGCCUCAACUAUGUGACCGCUUCACGGAUAAUCAUCGCUGUUGGCGUCAUCGUGGCAGUCGUAUCGUUCCUUGGCUGUUGUGGGGCCUGGAAAGAGAGUAAGAACGUGCUGUAUGUGUUCUUCGCUAUUCUUUUGAUCCUGUUGAUCUUGGAGAUCGCCGGGGCUGUUCUGGGCUACGUUUAUUCGGAUAAGGUCAAGGAACAACUCAAUAAAGAUCUCAAUAACGCUCUGCUUAAUGAUUAUGGGAGUCAGGAAGGAACAACAAAAGCCAUAGAUGCUUUACAGGAAAAGGAGAAGUGUUGCGGUGUUGCGAACUACACCAACUGGUUUCGCUCGAAGUACAGUGAAGGCAACCAUACCAAGCUACCUGACAGUUGUUGUAAGACCAAAAAACCAAACUGCGCAAAUCCCAUGAAGAGCGUUGAAGAUGUCUAUCCAAAGGGUUGCUAUGAAAAACUGAUGGAAAGUAUUUAUGAUAAGCUAUACCUGAUUGGCUCCGUCUGUAUCGCUAUCAUAAUAGCCCAGAUUCUUGGGAUGAUCUUCGCUGCUGUUCUGAUUCGAGGGAUAACGAGGGAUAAAGCAAAUUUUGCUUAGAACAUACUAUCGUAGAUACACUACAACUCUUAUAACCAUCUGGUUCACCUAUAGUAGCUAGCUUACUUUCCGAUCAUACACCUAGACUGUCCUAGACAAAGCAAAGCACCCAGUUUAUAUAGAACAAUCAGUAGCAUAUCCAGGGGGAUCGUGGGUUCCUUAGGUUCCUUUGUGAGUUUCGUGUAGCCCAUAUUGUGUUCUUUAGAGCAGUUUUCGUAUGACUGUGAAAACCUCACGCCACGAACACAGUCCUGACAAGGCAAGGGAUACACCAAUCAAA